ACCAUCCUAGAAAUCUCAAACAAUUCUCAAAUACACUUAAAGAACAAAAACAAAAACAAAAAACUUUGAGAGUUCAGAAAAGUUGGUUAGGUUUUCAAGAGAUGAAGAUCCCAGCGGUAGUGUUCAUUGUGUUCCUGAUUGGUGCCAUAAUAUUUCCAAAUUCGAUCAGAGCAACUGUGGUUGAAGGUUCCGGAGAAGAAGUGAUUAAUGUGACGUGUUCUCCGACGGAACUUAGUUCAUGCUUACCAGCAAUAACAUCAGGAGGCGCACCAUCUACACAAUGUUGCACGAAACUCAAAGAGCAGGAACCUUGUUUGUCUUCCUACAUUACAAAUCCGCUGUAUAGUACAUAUGUUAGUUCUCCAAACGCUCGUAAAACGUUGGCGGCUUGUAAUGUUCCUUAUCCUACUUGCUAGAAGUUUGAGAUAUUCCUAGAACAAGUUAUUAAUCUCUAUGAUAAUAAUAAGAAGUAUUUUUAGAAAAAUCAUUAUGUAACAAAAUGCUCUGAUGAUAAUGAAUGAUGAUAAUACGAUUGGGAGUUAAUAGUGA